UAAACAUUAAUAACAAAGUAAAAUGUAUUAAAAAUCACUAUAUAUGAAUAAUGCUAAAUAAAAAAUAUAAACAAUAAUAUCAUAGAGUUACAUAAUAUAUAAUACUAAAAUAAAAAUUUUACAUUUAAAACAUUUGUAAUAAUAUCUAAUGCAUUUAUAAAAUAAAAAAAUAUCUGCAUGAACGUGGGGGUUAAAAUCUAGUUUGGCUAUAAGUUAGAAGUCUAAAGCUCUUGCAGUUUUUUAGAAGGGUGAGCACGCUCUGAUCAUAUACUAUAGUGUUACUUAAAAUAUGGUUGUGAAUAUCAGUUAUAAUUGUAUCUGCAUAAAUUUAUAAUUCAUCACCCAACUUUUGUUUUGGUUAUAUUAUGCAAAAUAGCACAUAUUCUAACAUAUAUCCUAUAUACAUAAUUACCACCACACACUAACUACUCUUUCAUAUGAUCUCGUGAUUCCAUUGCUAAAUAUACUCAUAGAAAAGUUAAUAUGUCAUUAUAAUAUAUAUCUACUCUCUUUUUUGAAACACUAUCAUAUAUCUACUUAAAAACCAAUCUCUGUUAUAUUAUUAUUAUUACUGUUAUUUGUGAUUCAAAUGUCACUAUCAAAAAAUCAUACAAAGUAUCUUAUAUUUUGAACAUUCUUACUUAUGUAUAUUUUUUCUUCCAUACAAUUUAUUUAUAUAUGUUUUUAUUAAACUAUAAUCACAACAUUGAGAUAAGUAAGACUCCAAAACAGUUUAGCGUUCAUAUCUUCUACCACAAUUAUGUUGUUCUAUAUAGAUUUCAGAUUUCUUAGCUAAAUUUAGUAUAUUCUCAUUGAGUUGAAAUAUACGUUGGUAUAACUAUAUCUUCACUAAAAUUUACGAAAAUCUUGCUAAACUAAACCUAAUCAAUCUAUAAGGAGACUUAUACCAAUUGAUUGCACUGAAAAUAACUUGGUGCCUUCAAUAAAAUCCAUUAAAAUUAAAUACCACCGAUACUACAUCUUAUUCUGCUUCCGAUAACUAAAAAUGGCUGAGUUUUUCGCUAUCUACAUACGCGAGAUGUGGAGCCCUUCAAUAUAAGAAAGGACUAAGCAUUUUCCUAGUCACAAGAGUAUAUAGGUAUGAAGUAUCACAAAUGUCAAGGAUGACAUUACAAUAACACGAAACUAAUGAGAAAAAUUAUCAUCCUGGGGGAAAAACAUUUGUGCUGUGUUUUUUUCACGAAUAGCAAAGAUCUUUCCACAUAUGAAAUCAAAAUCGAGAAAACAUAUCAUAUUCUUGGAAGAAAUGCACAUCACAAUCCCAAGAUAACACGAUCAAAAAUAUCAAAAGUUUUGUUUUAUCAAAAACGAGCUAUUGACUGAUAUUCAUGUUUGUUUUCAGUGAUAUCGCUAGAUCAAUAAUCCUGAGAGGUAUUCAAGUGUCAGAUCAAUACAUAAAUUGGCUGGAAGCUUGUAGCUUCAUUCAUAUAUCUUCACAGUGGAAAUAGAGAAUCUGCAUAAUAGUUAAAAUCUUGCAAAGAAAUCGUGUCUUCAAUUAUAUGGUUUCUUCUUUCUCAAAUUUUAGUCCUUGUACUGUGUCAAUCAUCAAUAGAAACUUUAACAGAGGUCACAUUUUCCUUUUGAAACCAUAUCACCAACAUAAAGUUUUUCUGCUUCAACAUUCUUCUAAAACUAAAUGGAUAAUAAUGCAACAUUAGCCUAAAAUGAAAUGAGAUUGAUCAGAUCAUUAAGAUUUUGGAAUUUAUUGAUACGAUAUUGUUUUUUCUUGUGUCAUGAGUUUGGGCCGUCUGGAUGUGUUUACAGGUCAAUGGACUCAGGGCGUACACGCCCAACUUUUUUGUAUGUAUCUGUUUGUCAGCCUCAAGCAUGCUAAUCUUUUGUGUCUCAUUCCAAUCUCUUAAAAUGACCCCCCGAAAAGUGCUCUUAUAAUAAUAAUAUGAAUUAGGAUUACUCACACAUAGUUUAAUUAAGAUGAUCAUUAAGUGGCCUUUUGCAAACCAAUAGACAAGUAAGUAUAUGCUUGAAAAAUAAGAUUAGGCUACCUAAUACGUCCAUUAAAGUACUUAAUACACUAGAUCAUAAAUUGGUUAAAUUAACCUAACAAAAUUCUAAACAAUCCCUCUACUUUUUGUCAGUAAUCGAUAUAUGGACCUGGUGCUUAUCCCAACACAAAAGUGCCUCCUAAAGGUUAAAUAUAUUGGAUCGUUUGUGUCAUCUAAAUUGGAUUUGUGACGGAUGAUGUACGCUUAGGGACAAAAGGUUAUUUAAUUCAUAGUUCAAAAGACUUACGUCAGAAAGUGUCGUAAAAGUUGUUUAUUAAACCAUGAAACUCUUCGACUAACGCAAUCUACAUGAAAAAGGAAGACGAGGUUAAAGUGUCAAUAUCAGUGUUUUUUUUUCUUAAAAAAAUUAUGAAUGCUACUAUACCAUAAAAAUCUCUAACUAAUUAAUAACUUAUUUCAUGGUAUAACAAAAGCGUUUAUAUUUCUAUUUUCAAAAUGUUUUUCUUUCUUUUUUUCAGUUAUCUUGCCAAAAUAAUAUACUUCAACUUGCAUUUUAAUUAGUAUAAUUUCGGGAAUUCGUCAGCCACGAGAAAAGUUCAACAUGCCAAAGUUAUAUUACUCAAUUAAAGUGUAUAAAUUAAUACGACAAAACGAAAAAACCUAAUUUUGUAGUUUUACACGAUUAAAGAAAGAAACUAAACAUAUAUAUAAUUAAGAGAGAAACAAAAGGGUAAUGAUGUCUGACGCUUAUCCGCCUAAGACCUAAAACAUGUGACACAAUGAACUCUUCGUCGACUUCAACUCCAUUUACUCAUCUACGACAAAUUUUAAAUUUACUUAAUUGAUAAUCUAAGCAUAUGAAAGAAAAGCUUUCGUUGUUGCUUAGAAGAAGAAUUUAUGCACUUCCAACAAGAAAAAGAAUUUAUAGCUCUAAUAUAUAUACACACAUAUAUGUAUGCUAACUUGCUAAGAAAUCAAUGCACCUAAAAAUGAUUAAGUUGGUGUACUAUAUCAGGCAUUGACUAAUUUUUAUAUGCGGUCGCUGGUAUUGUGUGAAUAUAUUUGUACACCAAAAAGUGACUAUAUUUAAUUUAAUAUCUAGAAGUAGAACGAAAUCUGAUUUGAUAUGUUAUUAUUGCCAUUUUAUGAUUUUAUUGAUAGUUGUUUUAUUAUCUAAGAGGAUUUCACAUUUUUCUACACACAUAUAUACAUUCCUGUUGACUAAUUACUAUUAAUUAAUACAAUUCAAAAUCGAUAGAGCAACUUCUCAAGCUACCUAGAACCCCAUCUAUAUCAGUCUAGUUAAAUUAUGAAUGUCUUAUUUUUAUUAUAUUCCAAAGAUUGUUGCCAGGAUUUCACAUUAAACAUGUGGAGGAAGACCUCGUCAUCGAUAUACACAUUUUUUUACAAAAAAAAAAAAAGAUAUACACAUAUAUAUAUAGCAGUUCACACAUCAAUGUACACAAGAUAAAACAAUAUAAAUAUAACUCGAGAUAACACGUAUAAUUAAAAAAAAAUUAAGAUUCAAACAUAUAAUGGGACCAACUUUCUUCUAAAACACGUGGAAACUUAAUGUGAUAAGAACUAAAUUACUUUGAACAUUGAAUAAUUACAUAAACUAGUAGACAAUCAUUAAGUUGACUUACACUAAUCACAAACGAAUAAGGUAAAUAACUUCCGCGCAAAUCGUCCUAGUAUAUAUACAACCCCAAGUUUCAGCCCAUGUCGACCAAAUCAAAUCAGACAAAAAAAAAAAAAAAUUGUCUCGAUAUAUAUCGAUAUAUAUUAUAUGCAAAUAUUCCGACGACCUUGCGAGACAAAAGCUUGGCAGAACCGAAUCCGUCCAGCGGAAACUAUGGUGAAGAUUCAUCCCGACCGGAAAACCCUCGCCACCGGAGAAGAAACAAGCUCGCCGUACUUGACGACGGAGAAAGAGAGUUUCACGAUUUGGAUGAAGUCGUUGGUGUUCAAUACAAACGGCUGCACCGUCUUCGAUUCAAAGGGAAAUAUAAUUUAUCGUGUCGAUAAUUAUAAUUCUAAGAGCUGCCGUGAAGUUUACCUAAUGGAUUUACACGGUCGUGUCUUGUUGACCUUACGUAGACAGAAGUUUGGAUUAUUCAAAACCUGGGAAGGAUACAGAUCACCGACGGGCACAGCUGAAUCAGCAACAAACUUAGACUAUUUUCGAGUGAAAAAUAAUAUGUUUAAGAUUCAUAGUAAAGAUUCAUCUUCUUCGUAUAGAGUCACAACGGGGUCGUGUAGAAACAAUGAAGAAUAUUGUUAUAAGAUGGUAACUCGGGGAUCAAGUUUAGGGAUCGAGGAGAGUUGUGGAAGACUUGUGGCAGAAGUGAAGAGAAAACAAUCGAGGAAUGGUUUGGAGUUAGGAGAUGAUGUUUUGACGAUGAUGGUUGAGUCACAAGUUGAUCACUGUUUCAUCAUCGGACUUAUUUUAACUCAUAGCCUUAUCAACUGUAAACUGUAAUAAAAAGUGAAAACCAUCACUAACUGAUGGUGUUUUUGGGUUUAAAUUAUUAUUAGUUUUUAACUUUCACAAACUUUUGUCGUUGUUGCUAAUGAAAAUACAACUGAUGUAUGAUACUUGUAAGAUAUAAAAGUUUCAAUAAAGUGAGCGUAAGCUCUCUUUUACUCAUUUAAAUGUUUUUUUGUCACUAUUCAUUUAAAUGCUUAAAAGACUAGAAAGAUGGAGCCAAUUUUAAAUGUUAAAUGUUAAAUGUUAAGGGUAAUUGGCGAAGAAAGUUUAACGUGGCUGCUGAGAAAUUUCCAUAGAUAAUAUAAAGCGAAUUAAAGUAUGUGAUUAAUUAAGUAGCAGAACUACCAGCAAAAUCCCAAUUAUUAAAUUUUCUUUUGCAGGGCUCCCAUAUUAUAAAAACUUUGUGGGUGGGAUUUGAUUCGAUUCCCAGGAGAAGAUCUGUAUCGUUCAUUUCGUUAAAACACUAAAACGACGAUGCACCAUACCGAAACACAUCUUGAAGCUCCAAUCCACUAUUUUAUAUGUGCAAUACAUUUGUCGUCUAGAAGACUAUAACAUGUAAUUAAUGGAAAUGUGUAACAUGUUAUGUUUUUCCAUAAACAAGAAAAGGUAAAAAUUUAAUAUGUUUUUUUUGUCAUUUCAAAAAUAAAGACGAAGAUGGGGUGAUUGGUUAGGCUGUAGGAAGUGACUUUAGCUUUAAUUUCAUCUGCAAUCCUAAAUACUACCAAUGAUGCUUUAUUUUAGUUUUUAAAGUUACAACCAAAAAACUAAAGCUAUAGCAAAAAUAUACAAAAAAUUGUUGUAAAAAUUUUAUUUUCUAAAGCUCCAUCUUUUAGCUGUAGGAAAUUUUAAAGUUACAUCCCUUAAAGUUAAAUCAGAAAAUUCUACAAACUAAAUUCUAAGAUAAAUUUUUUACAGUUACAGCCUAACCAAUCACCCCCGGUGUUACAAUAAGUUAUUGACAAACUGUAAAAUCUAAAAUAAUUAGUUCCAUGGUAAAAAAAAGAUAAAAAAACAUGAGAGCAGAAAACAAUCUGUUAAACUUAUUGUAAGCAUCUGUAGAGAGUGAUGUAUGAUAGGAUUUCAACUUGUAAGCAUCUGUAGAGAGUGAUUGUGAUAAACGAGCAAAUCUCUAGCUAAGAGUAACACAGAAAAGCAGCAUGGAAAAGAGGUGCUAGACCGCAAAGAAGGCAAAACGAAGUUGUUUCAUCCGACAAAAUUUUGAUAUCAUUAUACAACUUAUAUCCAAAAAUGUUCAUAUAUUCUGUGUUCGUAAAUAAGAAAUGCAUUUUUUAAAAAGAAGGGACAAGCAGAAUGAUGUUUUUUCAUAAACGUGAAUGCACACCCAAAUCAAACUCAAGUCAAAGAGGGAAAAGCAGCGGGAUGUUUUCUUGUAGCGCUAUAACAGGAGCAAUAGCUAACGGUGUCUCGUUAAAAAAAUUCAUCAAAUUAUACUCUGGGAGGAGACUAGGAGAGUAUGUGUUAGAGAAUUUGACAUAUAUAGAGAUGAGAGAAUUGGACACAAUGAGAUCACGAUCAGCGCCUAAGUUGAGACAAAGGCAAUGAAACUAUUAACUAUCAGCUAAGUACGAAAGCCGCAUGUUAAAAGGAGAAAGCUUUUAUGACAUAAAUAAUCGCUGUGAAGCCAUUAGUGCCUAUAAAGUAUGAAUCUUUUGUGUGUAUAGUCUCAGUGAUUCAUCUUGGAGUUGUUCCGACACCAAUUACUUCAGCUUAUUGCCGAGCUCCUAGUUUAAGCGGGCAGAGAAAGAUCUUGCUAUUAUAUGACGGUUAAUCUCAUACGAUACAAAAUAUCAUUAUUGCUAAUUAAUUAAUUAUCGAAUGUAAUAACGGCUUUGAUAUAUAUCUAGUAUGCAAGGCGCUUGACUUUGAGUGUGUAUGUUUUUGAGUAAAUAUUUUUCAUUUGUGAUGUGGGCAUCUAAAUGAGGCUUGUGAAGCUUAAAGCUCCAAGCCCAUCCACUUUCACUUCAUGAUAUUUGUUUUUACUUAUAAGCGAGUUGAUGGACAAUAUAUUAUCACUUCAUUAUUCGUUUGACCACUCAGGUUGCUGAGUUCGCAAUUUGUCUGUAGCAUACAAAUGAAUAAAUAAUCAAUGCAAUUCUUUUUCCUUUUCGUUUGUAUUUUAACUCUACUAUACGUGUGUGUAGUUCACGUGUGUUGGUGUGUGUAGUUCACCGCUAGUAGUGGCAGACACCAAGAUUUUGUGUCAAACAAAGACCUAGAUUUGAGAUUGAAAUAUUCGACUGGGGGCUUUCUGGAUUCUUUUACAGCCAUCUGAAAUAAAUGCCGAUCACCGCAUACCAGCCAAAAAGAUCAAAACAGUUUCAUUACUUUCUUCUAGAAAAUAUAGAACAAAAAUGUGCAUUUUAAUAUAUUUUUUAUUCAAAACAAUUAUUUGAGUGCGUAUAGUUCAUUUAAUAAUGCAACAAAAAUGAUGGCAGGAACGGGUGCUUUCAGAAGUUACAUCAUCUUCUGUUUCUUGAGAUCAGCUAUUACAUGAGCUUUGUCUCGAUCGAGCCAAAAGAAAAUGGUCCUACCUCCUUUUGCAUUCCUAACUUUAUAUCAUAUCUUGGCUUAACUUUAUUUUUGUACAUAUUGAUUACGUGUAUUAAUUCCCUAAUAUUAUUUCGAGGAAACAUAAUCGAUCAAAAGAAGUAAGUUGCUGUUAAGAAAUGAUAAGAGGCACUAGGUAAUAUCAAUUAGGAUACUUAAUACGAAAUUAACAAACAAUAGACAACAGAUUAUAAUUUUUACAGUAAGUUUAACUACGAAGAUGUGCGUAAGUGUGUGGUACAAGGAGGGACCCGGACAACGCAGACCUUGUCAAUUUGUUCAUCAACUUGUCUUUCUUUUAUAUCUUCCCAAGUCUCAAUAAGCUUCCUGUCACACAAACGCACAUAUAUAUGAUGAAUUGAUGAUCUCUAAAAAACAAUUUGUUUCCAGAUAUUUGCUGUCACUCCAUGAUAAUAUCAUCUAGGGAUGGGUUUCCCUUAUUUUGAUUCAACAGAUUAUGGAAGUCCAACCAAUCUCGUCGACUCUUAACACAUAUAUAGAUAUUACUUCCUUGAAAUCGGCAAUCAUGUGGGAAUAUGUAUACAGUAUUUCAACUACAGGCUGGCAUGACCAGAAUUAGAAGUAUACAUCUAUGUAUAUGUAACGUAUGUAUAUACCUCAUACGUGGAAGAUGUCAUGUUGCUAGCUAAUUGUUAAUUUAUUAAUUUCGUUUUUUCUCAAAUUUUAUUAUCUAUAGUAUUUUCAUUAAAUAUAAAGAUGUCUGUUGAAUGUUAAAUUUUGCUACAUCAUUCAUUUUCUGUUCAAUAAAGCGGCCUGUUUAACUAUUGUUUUUUGGCCAUUGCUUAAAUAUAUUUCGGUCUCUAGGUUUUUCGUUCUUAAAGAAUAGUAUUAUUGAAUGAUGCAUGCACUUAAAACACUUUUAAAUUUUCAUGGCCUCCUUUAUUUACCAUGGUUACACGGCUACACUUUGACGUAUCUUUGGCACCGUUGGUCAAGAUUCUAUGGCAUGUUUUUCAUAUUACCCUUACCUUUGAUAUGUACUAUUAUUUACGUCAGUAGCGCAGUAGAUGUUGUCAGCAUGUUAAAAUUGAUCUAAACAUCAAGGAAUCCAGAGAAGAGAUAAAUAUUAGAGCUGGUAUAGUAGUAAUCUAUAUAUAUAAAAAAUUGUUGGUGUCACUCCUGGGAUGUCCACGUGGAAACUCCUUUCCUAUAGAGCCGACACGUGUCCAGUCAAAUAAACCGCAGAGUUUCAUUUUAAGAUAUGUGUGUGGGCAUUUUGUUAAUCGUCAUAAUUGAAGCCCAAACGGAAUGGCCCAAAUUUGAUUACUUACACAAGUCGCAAAGGUUUUUGUUCUUCUUCCAAGUCCGUUACUUUUUUAUGCGUCCUCUCUCACACUAUCAAUGGUGUUUCACAUUAUCUAUUAUAACUCCAAUAUUUUAAUUACCUAAUGGUUACUGCUCGUGGUUAUAUCAAAUGUUCUCUGUUUUGUUAACUCUAUGAUCGUGUCUAUAUGUUCUUUGCUCUGUUUUUUAGUUUAUGGUUGUGAAUUUAUGUUCUUUGCUCUACUUUUACGUUGAAAUUUAUAGUUUGACUUGUUUAUAGUUUAAACUUAUAGAUAUUAUAUAUUUUUUUACACAUAUAUAUGUCGUACCCGUAUCUUUACAUUUUUAGUUUUGCCGUUUCCCGUCCCCGAUUCCGUCCCCGUUUCUGUCCCCGUAUCCGUCUCCGUCUCGGUGCUACAUAGUGUUUCAAUGACUGAAACGAGAUGGAGAAUCUCUUCGUCUGUCUCCACAUAAGUCGUUUAGCCUUCUACUCUACUCAACCGAAACCGUCUGAGUUACAGAUUCGACGCCAUCAUCGCCUUCUUAACUCCAAAGACCGACAUUUAGCACGAUCUUGGCAUUGAUUGUAAGUUAUGUCUCUGCAAGGCGGUCUAUUCUUCAUCUAUAAAAGGUUAGCUUUUUCAUUUGAACAACAUCCUCACAAUCUGUGAAAACACUAAAUCUUUCUUUCUGAUUUGAAAUCUGGAGGCUGCUCCUCCAACGUCUAAGUGUUGUUGCUCAGAUUCUGGGAAGCCAAGAAUGUGAAACGUGGAGGGGAACUGAUGUAUCUUGAUGUGCUCUUACUGGAUUCAAAGGUAAAUCUGUUCUUAAACUCAUGUUCAGAGUGCUUUAUAUCCAUAAACUCAUGUUCAAAGUGCUUUUUAAUCGAUGUUAGAAGUGUUCUUAAGAUUAUGUUCAUAGACUUUUUAUGUUAUUAAACUGAUGGUCAUAGUGUUCUUAAACUAAACAUUAUGAAACUGUUAUAUACGUAUUUUAGGUAUGGAAAUUUCUCUCACUCGAUUUCUAUUUCUUUGAUUUCAGAUUUGAAAAUAGGAUGUAUAUCUUUUAGUUUGUUUCUUAAGUUCUUUUGCUAUAUACUAAAUUACUUUGGAUAUCUUUAUAUAUAUGCAGGCUUACUCCUUCUGUUAAAUCCCCAGCUUAUGAUGACCUCGACUUUUUUUUUUUGUUCCAGUACGUUAGUUGACAAUAAACUAUUUAUAAUUGUGUUGCAGAGAAUUGAUGGUAAAAGAAAUUUGUUGCACGAGAUCACUAAACUUUGACCUAAGGCAAAGAUAAGCUCUUUAUUAGUUCUCUUGACAUAAAUCAUCAGGCAUCUCUCCUUAUGCUAUCUAUGGACCUAAUUAUUUUAGAAUUCUACUGAUAAUUAGGAAGAAGUAUACUCAUUGAUAGAGUAAUAUCAAUAUUAAAUAUUUGUAUGUCUGUGUUUUUUCUAGGAUUAGACUUAGUCUCUUCUAUUUGUUCAAAGUGCUUCUCUUCAGAUUGAUCAUAUAAUUUGAAAGCUUAAUUAAAUCUAUUAUGUUGGCUCCGUGUUUGAUUAUCUUUUCUCUAGGCACUUCUCUCUCGGGACGUUCAAUCAAGCAUUGCCCCAACAAGUAGUGAACAUUACGCCAUAACAACAGUACGAAGUACUAAAGCUGCAACAAGUUCUCACGACCACAUGGUGCAGCCUUCAUAGCACUGAGGUUGUUGUCUUAUAUGCCGUGCCACAAAAUGAAUCUCACCUGUGUUAAGAGCUGCGUUGCUUUUUCCUAUAUUUUCUUCCUUCUCUGCGAUUUAAUUCUUGCUUGGUUUCCUUCCUCUUCAAUCCAAGGGACAAGCAACUGGGUUGGUCCGUAACUGGAACUUGCAGCAAUGAACAUGGUUUCUCACACUGCAGGCAAGCAUUCUCUGAUGUUUUAAUGAGAUUUCAGUCUACGUGUAUUCUUUUUGGUAUUAUCAUCAAAUCUAAUAUGUAUGUUUCAUGCCACGAAGGACAGAAAUUGAUCGGGUCUUCUUUUGGAGAUCUGGAAUACAUGGAUGGGGCCUUUCUGCAAGCAGAAUUAAUGAAUUAUCUAUGAAUGUGGGUUUUGUCUGUAUUUUAUAGAGAGGGAAUGAUGAGAGAUAGUAUUUUGUUUCAGAUUCUUAAAUACAGACUGGAAUAGGUGAGAUGUACCAUUGCAGACCUGAGAGAAGGAAAAAAAUGCUAUAUGAGUUGAGACUGUUUCCCAUUUAUCUCCACAAUUAUGUAUUUCUCUCUAUCUCUCUUCUAACCAAGAGAAGGAGGCAAUUAUUUGGAUGAUGAUUCUGAUCAAACCUGGAUUGGCGAUUUUUAUACGUGUGAAGGACAUGAGAAGACAUAGAUUAGAUGAGAAAGGUUCAGAGAUUUGUACUUUUUAAUGUUUUGUCACCAACAAAGAUGAGGGAAAAAGGCAAACAAUAAAAAGAAUUAAUGAUUACAUUUUUUACACUUUUAUGGUAAGAUAUUUUUGUAAAUUUUAACAAAAGGGGGAAUUAGUAAAGUUGGGAUUACUCUAAGUAAAUUUCUGAUUUAAUGAUUACAUUUUUUUUUACGUUUUUUAUGGUAAGAUAAUUUUGUAAUUUUAACAAAAAAAGAAAAUAGUAGAGUUGGUAUAUCUAUAAGUAAAUUCCUGAUUUGUAAAUUUCUAUCUUUUGGUUUAUUCCAACAGUCACUGUAUUCUGAGGGAUGUGGUUAACAUGUUUAUACGUGUCUAUCUUCUGAGUCAUGAAAGCUUUGUGAACUACUUACUUGGCUAUACUUAGAGCCAAAACCAAUGUCUUCAUGCUGACUCUUUCGAGAAUUACAAUCAAGAAGAAAAAGAAAGAAUAUGCAACAAUUACUCUUACGUGGCUCUCUCUGAGAAGUAACAGCAGAGGACAAUGUCAAUGAGAAGAGAAAUACAAACAACAUGGAUGCAAUGUUGGUACCAUAGAUUCCAUGAUUCUCUAUAUCUCUCUAAACUAAUUGGCCAUCCAAACAAUUUAACUAAGUUGUACAAAGAAAAUUUUAUAUGAUUCAUAAAGUUCUUUAUGAACUUAAUUAACCAAAAAUAUAUUGGUUUAAAUUCCAUUAACGUAAAGAUACAUUAUUUUUUGUAGUCUACAUAUUAUGAUUUUAAAGUAGCUAUUGGUUUGAAUAUAUUUUUAUAACUUUAUAUUAUAGUAAUAUGCUAUAAGGGAUUAUUAAUUUCAUAGUAAAUAAUUUUAAAAUUCCUGCUUAAAUGAAUGAGUGUUACUUAAUCUGAAAAUGUAGUACGAUCUUGGCUUCAUAUGGUUUAUUUGAUAAAUAUUUGGAUGAUAUGGUUUAUUUGAUAAUAGUAUUGAUAUAAUGUGUGUAUACUUAAAUAAUCAAUUUUAGAUUGUUAUGUUAUUUAACUAACUUUAGGAAAAAAAAAUUGUAAAUUGAUUCAUUUUUCACAUUAUCUAACUCAAUAGUUUUAAAAACGUAUAAAAAAGUACCAAUGCAUUCACAAACAAAUAUAUAAGAAUGAAAAAUAAUUCAUAAUUUAUGUAUUAAAUCUCAACUGUAGUGACAUGCAUUUUUAUUUUACUUAAUUUUAAAAUAAAAAUAUAAAAACACUAAAAAUGUAAAAUAGUUACAUUAAUGAAAAAAUAAAAGAUUUUUAUUAAUUUAUCAAACCUUUGAUUUCUGAUAAGAACAACAAAAAAUAGUAAAAAUUAAAAUUAUUUUUAGUUUAGAGUAAGCUACAUAUUUUUACAUGUAUGUGAAAUAUAAUAUAUCUUUUAAUUGAUUUUCACUUUCUUAACAAAGAUUAAUAUAUACGAAGAUAAUUUAAU